AUGAUGUCACUUCUGGCCCUUCGUCCAUCCCAGCUCAACCGUUCCUUCCCAUUUUCCAUUUCAAACAAUACUCGCUGGAAAGCUAGUUGGAGCAUUACCAAAAGCCAAAAUUUGAUUCUAGACUGUCGCGGUCCAAAGGCUUGGAACUGCCAUCCCCUGCAAGCUGUUAGCGCCAUCUGUUGAGGUGGCACAACCCUGGAAGCUUGAAAGCCUAGCCGACAGGGCCCGGCAGCUCGAUCGGAAUAACGCGACUGUGCUCAUCAGAUGAAUUUUCACGACGAGUCGUUUUUGUUGAAGCAAUUUGGCAGUGCAAACCGGCGGGAACUAUCAUUAUUAGCCUGAAGGCUAUGGUUUGAGUUCAUCGUUGUGGCUUUGGAAGCAUAGGAGCGGGAUCAAUUAUGUGUGUACACUUUCUUAAAUAUAUUCCACGUUUGUGUUUCAUCUAGUAAAUGUAACGGCCAAGGAGGCUGUGAUCCCACUAUUGAGUCGAUAUUGUGUUGUUAAAGUAUUGAGAUAUCUACUCACUUCCUAGCACCUCCAUACCAACAAACAAAUCAAAGUAGCC